AUGGAAGGGAAAGUCAGCGACACUGAGGAGUCUCCUGAGGAAGCAGAAUCAUCUGAGGAGGAGGAACCAGCGGUCAUCCAACCCGCGGGUAUGGACACCGUUGAAGAAGCAGAGUGGCAGACCCCCCACCCAUCCAGCAUGAGAGAUGCUGAGCUCGCUGCCGCUCUCACCAUCUUCCAACCACGCAAGACUCGAACUGACCCAACUGUUCACGACUGCCUCCACCUCCUCACACGCUACACAGGACCAGGCGCCUUUGACUCAAACAACAACCCUCUGCCCCUGGAUUGGGAGACAUAUAACGUCACUCGUCCCUGGUCUCGAAGCACCAUGAACUCUGAGGAGCUCCAACGCCUCGGGGAAGAAGACAAUCGUCGCCGCGCAGAAGCUGAAGCGAAGACAGCGGCGGCAGCCGCAAAUGGCGGAUGGGGGAAUAGCACUGGUGCAAGAAGAUGGGGAGGAACCACAUCGACAAUAAGCUGGGGAGCAGGCAGCAGCACAGAAGCAGGAGCAUGGGGAAUCGUGCAAACAGAGGAGGAGGAAGAACCAAUUGAGGAAUUCACAACUCGCCUAGAAAAGGAGGCAGCUGAAGAAGCAAGAGGACCCUAUCUUUACCAUCGUUAUCCCAACUCCCCACUGCCUACUGAAUCCAUGCCCAUUGGUCCCCAUGACCCAAACACAGCUGGUCCCUCCACCACACAUGGCCUCCCUCCACACCACGUUCCUCGUCCCAACCUUCCUGAAGGAAUAGCUGACACUGAUGACCCCACAACCCCUCUUGCCGACAUCGCCAUAGUGGAACCAGCCCAACAGCUCACUCCUCGAGACCUCAUACCCACUCUUGGUCUCUCCAUUUCACCACAGCCCAUCCCACAGCCUCCACCCACCAAAACUCCCGAACUGCUCACCUUCUACGCUCGAUCACCUGCCACCCGCGCACCUCCUAACCUCUAG